AGAGAAGCCCCUUCCCCUUCCUGUGGUGCCUUGGCCCCCUUAGGCACAGUUUUGCCCUAGUGGAGCUGACGGGGGAAGAUGGAGUUUCUUGGAACCACUCAGACUGCCAGUUACUGUGGCCCCAAGAAAGCCUGCGGCAUCAGCGCGCUGCCCCCGGUUGCGCCGGCCCCGGUGAUCCAGGAGUGUUACCAGCCCUAUUACCUGCCUGGGUACCGCUACCUGAACUCAUGGAGACCCAGCCUCUUCUACAAGGUCUCCAACACCCAGACCUGCCUGGACGAGGGAGCCACGUGCCGCAGCGCCCUGCGGCCGCCCACCAUCCUGCCGGCCGUCCGCUCAGCGCUCUUCUGUCGCUACAGCCCCCAUGACUGGGACCAGUCCAACCAGCUGCAGAUCCGCGCGGCCGAGGCCUCGCGGCUGUGGGCCGGCCGGCUGAUGGGCGACUCCAUGCGGCUCAUGCAGGACAAGGACCAGCUGACGCGCCAGAUGCAGGAGGGGACCCGCCGGAACCUGGGCCAGAGGCUGUCGGACAUCGGCUUCUGGAAGUCGGAGCUGAGCUAUGAGCUGGAGAGGCUUCUGAACGAGAACCACAGCCUGGAUGCAGUCAAGAGGCGGCUGGAGUGCAUGGCGGAGGAACUGAACUGUCCACUGCAGGUGGCCCUGGAGUGUCAGUACCAGCGAGAGAAAAGGAUCGGGAUUGACUUGGUCCAUGACAACGUGGAGAAAAAUCUUAUCCGGGAAGUAGAUUUGCUAAAAUGUUGCCAAGAACAGAUGAGAAAACUAGCUCAAAGGAUUGACAUCCAGAUGAGGGAUAACCGGGAUGCUCAGCAUGCCCUGGAGAGGGACCUCGAGGACAAAAACUCAGCCGAGUUCAUCGAUGGGAAGUGCCUUAACCUACGGAACACAUCAGAUUGCAUCAGCUUCUUCCACGGCGUGGAGAAAAUUGAUGGCACGAUCUCCGUGCCCGAGACAUGGGCCAAGUUCAGUAACGACAACAUCAGGCACUCGCAGAACAUGCGGGCCAACUCUGUCCGGCUGCGGGAGGAGGCCCAGAACCUCUUCGACGUGUUGUUGGAUCAGAUGUGGAAGCAGUUUACCAACACCAAUCUGGCCUUCAAUGCCCGCAUCGCCGAGGUGACAGACGUGAAGAACAAGCUGCAGACGCAGCUGGCUAAGACGCUGCAGGAGAUCUUCCAGACGGAGAACACCAUCAUGCUGCUGGAAAGGUCCAUCAUGGCCAAGGAGUGCCCACUGAAGGUGGCGCAGACAAGGCUGGAGUGCCGGACCCGGCGGCCCAGCGUGGAGCUGUGCAGGGACAUGCCCCAGUUCAAGCUCGUGAACGAGGUGGUCACCAUCGACGACACCCUGCAGACCCUCAAGCUGAGGCUGCGGGAGACGCAGGACACGCUGCAGCUGCUGGUCAUGACCAAGUGCCGACUGAAGCACGAGCUGGCCGUGAAGGCCAACACCCUGUGCAUUGACAAGGAGAAGUGCAUGGGCAUGAGGAAGACCUUCCCCAGCACCGCCUGCCUGGGGACCUGCCCCUGAGCCGCCGCUGCCCCUGGUGCCCCUGGUGCCCUGCGCCAUGCACGUUCCUUACACAGCACAGAAUUUGCAAAGUCAGAAAAACAAAAUAAAAGAGUCAUUUUCUUCCUUUCCUCCUAUCAUGGAAAAAAUAUAUAUAUACAUAUAUAUAUAUAUAUAUAUAUAUAUAUAUAUAAAGAGCUUAAAUAAAUGUGCCAUACCAGA